ACCAAAACAACCAGCAAAUGAACAACUUGGCUAAACUACAUUAUUAGCCCUUAUUUUUCAUAUAUAUUAGGUACACAAAAACACACAGCAAUUUUUUUUUAAAACAAUCACACCAAAUCAAACAUCUAUCGAAUCAAAUGGAUCGCGUUUUCUUGAUGUUAUUGCCUCUUAUGCUUGGUGUAAUCCUACAGCAAAAUGUAGCCAUGGGGUACAUCCAUAUCAGAGGUGGCGUUCCGAUCAAAAUGCAGGUUAACAACAAGUUCGAACCAAAUAAUCCCCUAAUCGAAAAGGCGUGUGCAAACGCAAAACACAAAGAGUCAUGUAUCCUAACCCUAAAGUCAUUCCCAGAGAGUAAAACUGCUGACAUGAAGAAAUUGGCAUUUUUGUUUCUAAACACGACUAAGUCUCUAGGGCUUGAAAUUGCUACAUGGGUUGGUGAUAAGCUAGAGGACCAAGAGUCAAUGGGUCCUGGUAUCGACCAAGCCUUAACCGACUGCAACGACCAAUACACCGAUGCAAUGGCUCAACUCGAAGACUCGUUGGUUGCCUUCUUCUCUAAUUCUUAUAAAGAUGUUAACACUUGGAUGACGACCGCGAUUAAGAAUGCUGAAUCUUGUGAAGAAAGCCUUAAAAAGGGAAAUGCAGUUGAUGUUAUGGGUAACAGAAAUAAGAUGUUUGUGCAACAUUGUUCUAAUGCUUUGGCUGUUGUCAAUGUCUUGGCUCAGACCAAACCCUAAAAAAUAACUUAAAUCAGUAUUCUAUAUUUAUUUAAUUAGGUUAUUUUUCUUCUUCAUUUUCAGCUGUGUGCAAUGAUGUGUAUGUGUUGAUAAUGUCUAAUGACUAAUGAGGUAAAUAUUGUUUACACCCAAAAAAAGAACUAAUUAAUGAGGUAAUAUUGUUCUAUUUUUAUUUACAUUA